CGGGAUCGUGUCUGCAGGAAGGUGCAUGUGGCCGCGCCGUCGUCACCCUCGCGGCUGCAUUGCAAAAUAUCCCGCAGUCUCCUCAUUGUCAAUUUCACAUCGGAAGAAGCACAAGCCUCCGCUCUCAACUCCACUCUCCCACAAUGCUCACUCGCAACAUUCCUUUGGUCUCGCGCUCCGUCGGCACAGUCGCUCGCCGCCACUUCGCUGCCGCCACUGCCUCGACUAGCGUCAAGCGCGUAAAGAUUAAUGGCCAUGGACACGAAGCACAGCAAAGCGGCAAGCUCAGCUACGUGCCCGAUGGCUCGGACGGAAGAUUCUACAUCGAGCAAUUGGAUGAACACUGGCGCUCGGCUGUGGCAGGACAGAACUUCAAGAAGGACGAUGUCAUUGGCUCGGCACCCGGCACUACUUAUCCGAAGCCCACCCGGUUCACGGUACAGAUCACUCCCGACAAGCACAUGGAUUUCACUGGUGGAUUGGAGUUUGUAAACCACAGUUGCAGCCCCAACACGCGUAUCGACAUGGCCGAGAACGAAGCCAAGGUAUCGUUCAUCGCUAUCAAGCCGAUCAAAGAGGGCGAGCACUUGACAUUCGACUACUCCACCAGUGAGUGGGACAUGGACGAGAAGUUCGACUGCCGUUGCGGCGCACCAAACUGCCGUGGUCACAUUGGCGGAGCCAAGUACCUCAAUGACGACGAGGUGGAUGCUCGCUUACCAUACUUCACGUCGAGCGUAUUGCGCCAGUUACUGAACCGCAAGCUGACCAACUAAAUCACGGUGGUGAUACCAGAACCAAUGUGACUUUUCUCAAUGUUACCAAAGCUUUGCGUUAUUGAUCACCAGAGCUUGUACAAAUUUAUAGCGGUAAAUAGACGCUAACGAUGACGAAAACUAAGAAAAUGAUUGUCAUUUGCAACA